AUGUACAUCUCACCCGCCACCAUCCUCUUGAGCAUCGUGGCUCUCUCCACGGCUGCUCCGACCGGGGUCGGUGCGAAGACCAAGCGAGCCAACGUCCUCACCGUCCAGCCGUACAGUCAGUUCCAAGUCUCUGACGGAGUGGCCGGGAACGCAUUGGCCGAAGUGAAUGCAAAGUUCCCUAUUGACACGUCCGACCUCGCCUCCGUGUCAGACGCGGAUCUCCAAAUCAUCAAGGACGCGCGGGAGACGGCCGAGGACGCCGAAACCGGCGACGGCGGGUUCAACGACGAGAUCGCCGCCGCUGGUGACGACGCCACCGCCACGGCCCUCCAGAACGGCAAGAUCAAGAACAAAGUGCUGAAGCUGCAGCUCGAGGUGUUGGCGCUGCAGAUCGAGGCCGCCCAGGGGGACGCGGACCAGGACAAGAUCGACGAGGAGACGACAAAGCUGAACAAGAACGUCGCUCUGGACAAGGCCGCCGCGGGCCAGAAGAGUCUCGGUGUCACGGACACUUUUAGCGGGUGA